UUAUGUGUAUAUAUAUGAUUUCCUUUUUGCUUUCUUUCUAACUACUCUUCAAUAUAAACUUUCAUAAACCCUUCUUAUUCCUUUUUCUUUUGAUUCUCAAUGGAAAACAAGCUUAGAAACCCUAAUUAUACAUGCAUAUCAAAUUCAAACCAACCUAAUUUCCUAGCUAUGCAUAAAGAUUCUCACAAAAUAUCAAAAAUGAAACCUAAGAUACGAAUAAUUCACGUAUACGCACCCGAGAUCAUCAAAACUGAUGCUGAAAAUUUUAGGGAACUUGUUCAGAAAUUAACUGGGAAACCUAGUGAAGAAAAAAAGAAUUUCAAGAACAAGACAAGGGUAAUAGUAGAUGGAUCAAAACAUGAAGAAUCUUCAAGGAGCACUACAAGCAGUGGAAGUGGUUUAUCAUCAGAGGAUUGUUCAAGAAUGAUAAGAAUAAAAAAUGAGGUGAGUAAUAAUGGUGGUUUUUGGGGGUUGGAUCUAACAAUGGAUAAAGUCAAAGAAGAAGUAGGUUGUGAUGAGAGAUGUGGUGGGUACUUAGGUGGGUUUUCAGAUUUGGAAGGGUUUAUUUCUGAAAUUAAUGGUGGAUUUCCAUUGUUUCCCUUGGAUCAUGCCACUCAUAAUAUGCAAGGGUUUGAACAAUAUCAACUACUAUAGGAAAUAAAAAUAUAUAUAAAUAUAUUUAGACACAAAUGUAUGCCUAUUAGAUAUAUAGAUCUAUUAAUUAAUUUUCUUCAUUUAUAGGUUAAUUAUAUGUAUGCUUGAUUAUAAAUUGUUUUGGUUUUCUUAUGAUAUAUAGAAUCACUCAUCAGUUUCAUGUUAA